AUGGACACCAAAGAAGUUAAAUCAACCAUUUCAAAUUUAGAAAAAGCAAUAGAUGAUACAACAAUACUUAAAUUAUUAAAUAUUUUAAAUGAUGAAGUAAAACCAACUGAAAAACUUUUAAGAGAAACAAAAGUUGGUGUAGUUGUAAAUAAAUAUAGAAGUAAUGACAAUGUUGAAAUAAGUUCAUUAGUUAAAAAAAUGAUUAAAAAUUGGAGAGAAGCAGUUCAAAAUGAAAAAAACAAGUCCAAAAAACCAAGUUCAACUGGAUCCACUCCAGCAUCAUCAAAUUCAAAUUCAAAUGCAAAUACUCCUGCACCAUCAACAACAACUACAAAAUUCACAGGACCAAGAAAUCCCAAAAAUGAUGGAGUUAAUGUAAAUCGAUAUGAUAAUUCAACUCGUAAUGCUUGUAUAAGUGCAUUAUAUACAUCAUUAGCUACAGAUAGAGAAGAUCAACCAAAUCAUAUUUUAACAAUUGCAACUGAAAUAGAAAGUGAAGUAUAUAAAGGAGAAUAUCUGAAAGUUACAGAUGGAUAUAGAAAUAAAUUAAGAACUUUUACAAUGAAUUUAAAAAAUAAAAAAAAUCCAGAAUUAAGAGAAAGAUUAUUAUCAAGACAAAUAUCAGCAUCAAAAUUUAUUAAAAUGACUCCUAAUGAAAUGGCACCAGAAUCUUUAAAAAAGGAAAUUGAAAAAUUACAUAAACAAAACUUGUUUGAUGCUCAAGGAGCAACUGAAAAGAGAGCAGUUACGGAUAGAUUUACUUGUGGUAAAUGUAAACAUAAAAAAGUUAGUUAUUAUCAAAUGCAAACAAGAUCAGCUGAUGAACCUUUAACUACUUUUUGUACUUGUGAAAAUUGUGGUAAUAGAUGGAAAUUUUCAUAA